UUCUGAGACCCGUCCCGGGUUCCCGCCACAGUCAGCACUCAACUGCCUCCUAUCUCGCGAGCCCACGCAGCUCCCCAGGUACUUCACCCAUACAGCAGCAGGUAUGGCGGCCGUGGAGCAGCAGGAGGGCACCAUCCAGGUCCAAGGCCAGAAUCUCUUCUUCCGAGAGGCUCGGCCAGGCGGUGGACAGGCCGCCCGCUUCUCCGUGCUGCUGCUACACGGCAUCCGCUUCUCCUCCGAGACGUGGCAGACCCUGGGCACACUGCAGAAGCUUGCCCAGGCUGGCUACCGGGCUGUGGCCAUUGACCUGCCAGGUCUGGGGCGCUCUAAGGAAGCAACUGCACCUGCCCCUAUAGGAGAGCUAGCCCCCAGCAGCUUCCUGGAGGCUGUGGUGGACGCCCUGGAUCUGGGUCCUCCGGUUGUGAUCAGCCCGUCCCUGAGUGGCAUGUACUCCCUGCCCUUCCUCAUCAAGCCUGGCUCCCGGCUCCGGGGCUAUGUGCCAGUGGCCCCCAUCUGCACUGACAAAAUCAGUGCUGCUGACUACGCCAGCGUGAAGACCUCUGCUUUUAUUGUGUAUGGAGACCAGGACUCCAUGGGCCACACCAGCUUUGAGCACCUGAAGCAGCUGCCCAACCACCGGGUGUUGGUCAUGGAGGGGGCGAGUCACCCCUGUUAUCUUGACAAACCCCAGGAGUGGCACACAGGGUUGCUGGAUUUCCUGCAGGGGCUGGCAUGAGGGCUCCCCUCCCUCCUCUUCCCCUGUGUCUUCCCUUCCCUCCUGCCUGGGUUCCUGCUCAUCAUACAUACACAGCAGGUGUGUCUGUGUUCUUGGGGGUGGGGAGGGGACUAUUGUCUCUUCUUCCUCUUUCUCUUUCAGUGACAAAAUGAGAAGGUGAAAUCAAGACAAAAAACUUCAGGAAUCAAGGGACGUAAUCUGGUGGAGGGUAAUCCAUUAGACAACUUGUCUUACAGCUUUCCUGUUCCUGGCACCCUUCCUCUGUGGGCCCAUUCUCCCCCUACCUUCCACCCCCUUUGGCUGCCCUGCAGGGCAGGCACAGCCUCUACCUGGGCCUCUUAGACCACAGAUACAUGCAGGACCACAUUCAUGCUUUACACAUUUGGGGUCUGUGUCCCCAAACGUGACCUUUCACAGGGGAGCAGACACAGAGGUCUAUGCCGCUCUGGACUGACAUGCAGGAUCGUCUCACACUGCAUUUCAUGCACGUAUACACAUGUGCCUCAUACAAGCACAUACACAGGCAUAUGUGCCUUUCCAAACAUGCGGCACCCUCACUCUCUGGGAAGGUGGGGACCCCAUACACCAUCCCUUGCAGGGCACCCUCUUCCAGGGGGUGGGUGUGGCCAGCCCUGAACUCAGUUCACAAACAGAUUGUAACUGGUCCCAAACCAGAACUGUCCCCCUCGAAGGGGAGGCACCCCCCUGGUCUCUCAGAUCUCCCUAAUACCCACCCACCCCCUUCCUGGGCACUACACCUCCCCAGGGUCUUUCCAGCCAAACUUGUCUCCAGCUCUGAGGUUAGAGGGGGUUAGGGAGCCAGAGUGGAGGUCGUGAAAUAAAGUGAUGCAAUUAG